UCUGGAUAUCCUCUUCGGCAGAUGUGACACUGUGAUCUCAGACAGACCGGGACCGCACAAUGAUCCAUCUCCUCUGCUGUCGACACGGCUGCUGCUUUCAGACAACUCCAGAGUGUCACGGAAUAAUUAAAGUCCUCAGUUCUUGAUAGAAGAGCCGAGACGUCGCUUUUUUUGCCGCAGCAGCAGCAGCAGGAUUGUUCGCCAGUUAAAUUCUCAUCGUUCUUCUUCACCAGUUAGACUCCUAUCGUUCUAGUUUCUCCCUCAGUGGUCAACCACCAGCUCACCUGCAGAAAUUAAACCAUGAGCUCCCGGGCUGCGCUUCCCCGGUUUAUCUCCCUCCUAUUUCUUCUCUUCCUUCCUCUUGUUUUCUCCUCCUCCUCCCACUCCCAGUGGAUUCUCCAGCGUGUCCCUGUGGUCCUCCCACAGCAAACGGAGGCACGACCAGCCCCUCACUUCCUGUCUCCGGCCCGCUUGGAUGUCAGUUCCCCCUGUGACCCAGAAUGCCACAAGAGGGCCCCUCACCCGAGCUACUGGGAUCUGCGGGAUCUUCUGGCCUAUGAGACACUCAACUCUAAUGGUCAACUUACUGAGACUGCCAUUGGGAUCUAUGGCUACAAGCCGACUUCUAACACCAGUCCUGCCUACUCCUCACUGUCGCCUGGGAAGGCUGAGCGGUCACGUGUCAGGAGAAAGCGACAGAUCUUCGGUCAUGAUGGGCGUUUCAGCAUCGCUGGACAGGACUUCCUGCUUAAAUAUCCAUUCUCGGUGGCUGUCAAACUGUCCACUGGGUGUUCUGGGACAUUGGUGGGGGACCGUCAUGUGCUCACAGCUGCUCAUUGUGUUCAUGAUGGUAAAAACUAUGUGAAAGGAGCCCAGAAGCUUCGGGUUGGGUUUCUAAAACCCAAGCAACGAGACACACAGCCAUCCUCCUUUUACCUUUCCUCCAACUUCACCAACCAUGUUGAAGGUGGCCCUGCUCCUUACGCCCCACCAACCAACGACAAAAUGAAGUUCCAGUGGAUCAGAGCCAAGCGCACCCAUGUUCCCAAAGGAUGGAUUAAAGGAAAUGCUAAUGAUAUUGGGAUGGACUAUGACUAUGCUUUGCUUGAACUCAAGAAACCCCACAAACGCCGCCACAUGAAGUUAGGAGUCAGCCCCCCGGCUAAGAGGCUGCCUGGUCGACGAGUCCACUUUUCAGGAUUUGAUAAUGACCGUCCUGGUCAGCUUGUGUAUCGUUUCUGUCGGGCCGGCGAGGAGACGUCAGACCUGCUGUACCAGCACUGUGAUGCUCAGCCUGGUGCCAGCGGGUCAGGAGUCUAUGCUCGGAUGUGGGAUGGGCGCCGCCAGCGCUGGGCACGGAAGGUGAUAGGUGUGUUUUCUGGGCAUCAGUGGGUGGAGCGACAAGGGGCAUCUCAGGAAUAUAAUGUAGCGGUGAGAAUCACACCUCUAAAAUAUGCUCAGAUAUGCUACUGGAUAAAAGGAAACUUUGUGGACUGCCGAGAGGGGUGAGGAGAAGGUGGAGAGUGAGGAUGACAAAGGGGUGUGUAGCUACGAAACCAUAGGCCCGCUACAUCCUCAUACUGCGGUCACAAGAAUCCAAACCCCUUCCCCCCCACUUGUAGCACUGACAUCAAUAUAAGUAUCAACAUGUUGUUUGUUGCCCCCAUUCUCAGACAUAAAACUGACAGACACAAAUCCAUUAAUGACACUAAAUUAUGUAAACAGGGCGUGUUCAUUUCAUGUAUGCUUAGUUUUACAUCUUCAGUCACAUUUCAAAAAAUACAAAAAAGUUAGUUACAUUGAUGUUAACUGGGAAAACAUUUAGGUCAUGUGGUUUUGCAGAACAGAAGGUGGUUUAUCUGCCUCUUGGAACAUUUAUCUGGAUAACAAAGUUAUCUGGAAGAACCACAGAUCUGGAACAUGGACUGAAAUAAAACUUUGUUUUGGAACAACAGGCCCUCAGAUUACAAAAUACAGACUGUUGGGAAAACUGUUUCACUUCGCAUUAUAGGCUUUUUAUUGUGCUAAUACUAAAGAAUGCACUGUUAAAACACGUUUUUCUGCUGAAAAUGAUGAUUUUUGUGGAUGAAUGUACAAGUCAGCUACCAAAGGUGCCAACAGUUUCUCUCCAAACUAUCAUGUAUCUCCUCUCAGUGGACACACUAAUUAUCUACAAGCAUAGUGUACUCAGCUAGCUAAAUUAACACUGUUUUGGAAGAACAUUCAACUUGUUACACAGAAUGAUAUUAAAUAAUUGCAGCUGACUCUUGCUAAGGCUGCACAUUACUUGUUAUGUGAAGCACAUUAUGUUGAAUGUUGUACUUUAAAGCUUAGCUCCCUCUGGUGGCAAAGAUAAAAAAUUGUAGGUGCAAUGAACAUUAUGCCGACUUAGCCUAGGCCUACAUAAGCACUUUUUACUUCUACUCCUUUAAGAUUUAUGAAAUUGCAUAAUGUGUGUUUCAGAAAAUAAAGACUGGGGCAAAUUUAA